UUGAGAAGCUGAGGAACAAGAGGCUUAUGUUUGUUGGGGACUCGUUGAAUCGGAACCAGUGGGAGUCUAUGGUUUGUUUUGUUCAAUCCGUCGUUCCCCCGGGCAAGAAGAGCUUGAACAAGACUGGUUCUCGAAAUAUUUUCAGAAUUGAGGAUUAUAAUGCCACAGUGGAGUUUUACUGGGCCCCAUUUUUGGUGGAGUCCAAUUCCGACGAUCCUAAAAUGCACAGCAUAUUGAACCGUAUCAUCAUGCCCAAAUCAAUCAAAAAACAUGGCAUUAACUGGAAGAAUGUGGACUACCUCAUCUUCAACACAUAUAUAUGGUGGAUGAACACUUUCACCAUGAAAGUUUUACGAGGAUCGUUUGAUCAUGGUGACACAGAGUACGAUGAGGUCGAUAGGCCGGUUGCAUAUGGGAGAGUAUUGAGGACAUGGGCCAAGUGGGUGGACAAAAAUGUGGAUCCCAAUCGUACCACAGUCUUCUUCGUGAGCAUGUCUCCUCUUCAUAUCAAGAGCUUGGACUGGGAAAACCCUGAUGGCAUCAAAUGUGCAAAAGAGACUACCCCAAUUCUUAACAUGUCCAUGCCAUUAAACGUGGGCACAGACCGUCGACUCAAUGCAGCCAAUUUGAUUAAAUCAAUGAAGGUGCCCGUCCACUUCAUCAACAUAACCACCCUCUCUGAGUACCGGAAAGAUGCACAUACCUCGGUCUACACCAUCCGACAGGGCAAGCUGCUCACCGAUGAGCAGAAGGCUGACCCGGUCAAUUUUGCUGAUUGUAUACAUUGGUGUCUUCCAGGCUUACCCGAUAUGUGGAACGAAUUCCUCUACACUCGUAUAAUUUCUCGCUCUUGACACAAAAACUCCAUGGCAGUCCCAUCAAUUUUUUUUCUUGCCUUUUUUCAAUAUAAAAUUAAAAAUUUUAUUUUAGUUUGGUAUUUUUUUCAUAUAUAUAUAUAUUUUUUUGUUUCCCUUGUAAGGUUCAUACCAUGUUCCGGUUGUAGAAUUUUAGUCAUUGCUUCUGGUAUUGGACCAGUAGCUUUUUUUUGAUCUUUUGUUCAGCCCAUUUGACUGAGGGUGGCAGUUGGGUGGGCAGUUCGAGUAUCUGCUAAUUGGGUUGAAGAUGAAGAAUGUGAUGCAAACAUACAACCACCUGAAUUGUAUAAUGACUUAGCUGGAAAAUAAAUAAAAGUGAAUACAAAAG